UAGAGACAGAUGUGUUGGUAGCGGGGGAGAGAAUGCGACCGUGUGGGCAAUGUCAGGAUGUUCCAGACGAGUGGAAGUUCGUUAUCUUGGUGCCCGUCGGGAGAGAAGCGUCAGUUCCGUUGCCAUUUGAUUGUGAGCGUGCUUGUACACACUCGUUUUGCGAUCGGCUGGCGCCCUCACACUGGGCCAGCUGCAAUGAUUUCGUAUCAUAUUCUCUUACUGGUUUUGGCUGUGCCUGCGCACGCCCUCGCCGGCAUCAAGUCGGGCAGCAGGCCGGGCGCGGCGGUGUCCACGCUGCAGACGGCGACGGAGGCCCAGGCGAGCAGGCCGAGGGUGUCUGUUCUGCAGACGGAGGCCGAGUCGGAAACCGAGUCGAUGGUCUCGAUGUCGACGCUCACGGCCGAUGAGUGGAACAAGUAUCACGAUGCCAACUACGAGAAGGAGUUCACGAUUGAGCUGGACAUGGCUGCCGCCCAUGGUGGCAUGACCAUGGGAGCAGAGCUCUGGAGCAAAUCCGAUCACGAUCCGCUCGCCAUGUUGAGGAUGGCCGAUGAGGGUCUCGUGAUGAGAUGGAACAGGGCCAACCCUGACAAGGCCGUGCAGAUCGGCGAUGAGCUCAUCCAGGUGGGCGAUUUCAAAUGGAAACAUCACAACAAACAGUUCAUUCAACAACUCAAGGACCAGUUUGGUGUUCUCAAAGAGCAGUUGCCCGGAAUGCAGAACGUAUUGGAGCUCCGUGUCCAGCGUCCUAAGCAGUCGAAGGUUGCCCCGAGUUUUCUUCAAACGGAGCCAGGUGCGAAGGUCGCCGUGAAGGUCUUCGAGGUCGAGCUCGAUCCGACGUUGAUGAUGGCGAUGGUGGAGCAGAAUUUCGACACCACCGAAGGUAGCAGCAUGACUGUGGUCAACAUCCCCACGAACAGCCCGCUUUAUUCUUAUAACGCGGCUAAGCCCAAAGAUCCAGUGCAGGUCGGCGACACAGUCAUAGCAAUAAACGGUUCUCCAUGGACUGGCAGUGCUAGGUCUUUCCUUGCGAUGCACAAGAUGGUGGUGGAGAGUCAGACGGAGAACCUCCAGAAAGGCAAGCCACUGGGCGAUCUCCAAGCUCCCACUCUGAAAUUGAAGAUGGAGCGGCGCCCACCGCACAAGAAGUAGGCUCCGACAUGCACUGUGCAAACACAGCUCAAUAUACCGGUUGUAUAUUGCAAGGACGUUUUAACGAGCAGCAUUGUUUUCCACUGAGCUUGACCGCCCUCCUUGGGCUGGGCGCGGGCGGGCUCGCAUCGCUGCAUCUGGCAUCCAGGACCCAGGCUACACCAGGCGGGAAUCCAAGCAGAGGUCGAGGGCGAAACGUUGGAGUGAAUCAUCACCUGCAUGGCUCGUGACCCGUAGCUGCGAUCGGAAUCUGACACAUGCCCAUCUUGCGAAGGCCAGUCUGGCAUUGCCCGUGUCCAGAGGGUGUUGCGGCCGCAGUGUCUGCGGGCCUGCGUUCGCCGGGCCUGGUCCCAGGUCGUUUGUAUCCAAGAGUGUUUUUUCUGAUA